UUUUUUCUUUUCAAUUUUAUUGAUUAAUCUUUUUUGUAAGUUAAUUUUAUUAAAUGUUGUAUCUAUAUCUUCCUGGACAGUGUGGUAGACAUAUUGCUUCCUCUUCGUCCUCAACUGUCAAUGUGCCAGGUUUGGAUUUGAAACGAAAAUGCCUCAUUUACCGAUUUCGAAAAAAAAGAAGUUUGUUGCUGAUGGUGUGUUUAAAGCUGAGUUAAAUGAAUUUCUCAUGCGGGAACUUGCUGAAGAGGGCUAUUCAGGAGUUGAAAUAAGAGUUACUCCUAGUCGAACUGAAAUUAUAAUAAUGGCAACAAGAACUCAGAGUGUUCUUGGAGAGAAGGGUAGAAGAAUUAGAGAAUUGACUGCUGUAGUUCAAAAGAGGUUUAAUGUCCCGCCUCAGACUUUAGAAUUGUAUGCUGAAAAAGUUGCAGUGAGAGGUCUCUGUGCUAUUGCGCAAGCCGAAUCUUUGAGAUAUAAACUCAUCGGAGGUCUUGCUGUUCGAAGGGCCUGCUAUGGUAUACUUCGUUUUAUCAUGGAAAAUGGAGCUAAGGGUUGUGAAGUGGUUGUAUCAGGCAAAUUGCGGGGGCAGCGGGCAAAAUCUAUGAAAUUUGUAGACGGCCUUAUGAUUCAUAGUGGUGAGCCAACUAGAGAAUACGUAGACUCUGCGACAAGACAUGUUCUGCUACGUCAAGGAGUUCUUGGCAUUAAGGUGAAGAUAAUGUUACCUUGGGAUCCAUCUGGCAAGAAUGGUCCAAAAAAUCCUUUGCCAGACCACGUCGGAAUUUUGACUCCGAAAGAAGAAGAAAAGCCACCUACGUACCCUAUGUCCUUUGUACGAUCUGAUUUAGCACAUUAAUUCUUAUUUGAUAAUUUUACAUAUUUUUACUCUUUCCAUAAUUUUUGGUGCGCUAAUAAUAUUAAAGGCGGCCUUAUGUUGUGUUACAAGUAUUAUGUUUUAUUAAUAAACAAUACUGAUUUAAUAUUUUAAUGCUCUUUAUAAUGUGAUAUCACAUUAGUUAAUUAUUAUCAAAUGUUAAUUAUUAUUUAAAAAAGUGUGAUUAUAAUCAUGUAAAAGUUUAAUAAUUUUUUUAUUUCUAUAUUUGUUCCAUGUCUGUUUUGUAGAGCUGAUGAUACCUGUUGUAAUAAAAAAUAACUUUUUA